CCAAAUUCAUGGUUGUACAGCGUCAAUCUUACUUGUAUCUUGUGCAAUUGUUCUCAAAUUGCGCUACGAGCAGAAUGCCCAACACGGUAUGAUUUGCGUCGUUGAGACUGGGCGCGAAACACUAUAUCAACAGCACUCUGUCAUCGGAUCAUGACAUAGAGAAAACAGACCAAUACCCGUGACCUGAAACACUCCGUUUCCACCAUGAGUGCGGAGGACAGACCGUUGAACACCGACAGGCCUUCGGAAGGAGCUCCACCUGAAGAAAAUGAGCAAAUUCCAGGAACCGUUCACCUGGUAGAUCUACUCGGGACGAUGCACGCACAGCACGCAAAAGGGUCCCAGAGAGAUAUAGUACUUGUUCCUGCACCCUCACCAGACCCCGAUGAUCCGUUGAACUGGUCGCCGGCUCGAAAAGCGCUGAGCACUGCGUGCAUGUGCAUUUACACAUUCGUCGUUGGCCUCACCAGCGCUGCUAUCUAUAGUGUCUUUGCGCCGAUAAGUGAAGAAACAUCCCUGACUCUGGACGACUUGAAUCGCGGGACUGGUUAUAUGUUUUUGUUCUUCGGUUGGGGUUGUCUUAUCUGGCAACCACUUGCACUACAAUAUGGAAAACGACCGGUUUAUCUUCUGUCUAUAUUGAUAACGAUCGCCACGCAGAUAUGGGCACCACAUACAAGGACCAACGGGCAUUGGAUAGCGAACAAAAUCGUUCAAGGUUUUGCUGGUGCGCCCAUUGAGAGUCUUUGUGAGAUCAGCAUCACCGAUAUUUAUUUCACCCACGAGCGAGGCCGAUACAUUGCGCUCUAUGCGCUCCUAUUGGCUGGUAGCAGUUUCUUUGCACCCAUUAUAUCAGGCUUUAUCAGUGAUGGACAAGGAUGGCAGUGGGUAUUGUACUGGUGCGCAAUAUUCAAUGGAAUAGGUUUCGUCUUCCUGUUCUUUUUCAUGGAAGAGACCAAUUACGUGCGGCACCACGGUGGUGUUGUUCCUUUGACAAGCGACCUUAAGACACCAUUGCGUUCAGACAAGACGGAAAACAUUGCGCCAGGAGCGAGCGAAAGUGGCGUCUCGCAAAACCAUACAUACAAACUUAAAUCUUACUGGGACAAGAUCAACUUGGUCCAAAGAUCAGAUCUCCAGAAGCCUAACGAACUGAGGGGUAUGGCAACACGGCCUCUAAUCUUCCUGACUUUCCCAGUCAUAUUCUACGCCGGUUUCUCUUACGGUUCAAACCUAGUUUGGUUCAACGUCCUCAAUGCGACAGCCUCCUUGAUACUCGCCGGAAAGUACGGCUUCUCGGCCAGCAUGGUCGGUCUCAGUUAUGUUUCGGCCCUUCUGGGUGUAGUUGUGGCCGCGGCGUACACCGGCUGGGUAGGCGACUGGUUCGUGAUCCGCAAGGCAAGAAAAAACUCCGGCAUCAUGGAAUCCGAGCAUCGGCUCUGGAUGUUCGUCCCGUCUCUAGUGCUCGUUCCUUUCGGGCUCAUUCUUUGGGGCGUCGGGUCAGCUAACAACGUCCACUGGUUUGGGCCCGUCUUCGCCAUGGGUGUUAUCUCCGCGACCAAUACGUUUGGACUUCAGCUGUCGGUGUCCUAUUGCAUUGACUCGUACCGUGCGUUGUCUGGGGAGGCUAUCAUCACGGUUAUCCUGGUCAGAAACACAAUGAGCUUUGCGAUUGGGUACGGCAUCACUCCCUGGGUGACGAAUAUGGGAUUGCAGAAUUGCUUCAUUACUGCUGCGUUUGUAGGGCUGGCGCAGGUCGCGACAAUCUUCAUUAUGAUUAAGUGGGGUAAGACCUUAAGAAGGAGAAGUAUCCCGAGAUAUAGCAGAUAUGUUACGGAAAUGGAAAAGAGCGGGAUGGUGCACUGAGGCGCACUGACAGUCCAUCUUUAUAGCGAGACGGG